AUGGCAGCUUUGAGCUUGGAUGAUGUUUUGAGCCUCAUCGAAGAUGCUCAUGAGAAUCAUGAAAGUCAAGAAGAAGCAACGGCUGUCAGAAGACGUCCAGCAUUUGGGACUGGUCUCCGACCGGGCUUGUUGAGGCACACCAAACAGAAGCGUAGCCGACAACAGAGGUUGAAGAAAAAACCAAUCCUAGUGGACCGACAGGCAGCGGCUUACAAUGCCAGUGGUCGCUCGCGAGGGGUAGACCAUGCGUUCCCAUUUCAAUCGCAGAACCUCAACAGAAAAACGCCCAAGGGCAAGGGCGCUUGGAAGAAAUGGACAGCCCCAGCAGUCUUGCGGGCCGGUUUCAGCUCUGAGUCAGCCACAGCUAGGCAGAUAGCUGACAGCAUAGAGGGCGGAGGGCAGAAGCAUGCCGGCAGAUGCCGUUUUGUAACUGCUUCCGCGAUUUUGGAGGGGCAGAAUGAUGGGCUAGCUCGUGUUCAGCAAGCUGGGUCUGAAGGGGCAAUUGAUUUUUGGAUUCGCAGUUUGAUGUUUGAUGAGUCCACCUUUGAUUUGAGCCUGCAGCAUGAGGCAGCCACUAGCACUUCUGUGCUUUGUUCGCGCGGGUAUUGGACAUAUCGUUCUGCAGACGGUGUGGCGGAGGAACACAUUUUCCGACCUCCGCAGGCAUUGUUCCCCAAUAUGAAUGCGUCUUCAAUGUGGAAUGCUCUUUCGAGCGGGCCGGGUGGUUUCCACGCACUCUGUUCUGCCAGGUUUCAGUGCACUCUGACCACUUGCGACGCUCACGCUGCCAAUGUGCGUUUGCUACGGUUUCUGGACCAGUCAUUGCCGCAGGACCACAUUUUUUUGCCAGUGCUGUGCGUUCAGCAUCGCACAGGCAAUGUGAUUGAGCAGCUGAGCCAGUUGAGUGGAGUUUUGGGCGGAAAUUUUUCAGUGGCAAAAACACUGAGCAAGUCCAGCCUUUUGAAGGCCCUGAAGGAGCACGUUUUUCGAUUCAUUUCUGAGGAACUAAUCGUUUUGGAUGCCACUCCUGCAGCAGUUGUGGACGAGUGGAAGGAAGCAGAGAAACAUGCUAUGAAUCUAGUUGGAUUGUGCUGCAGCUUCGAAGAAGGUGCGGUGUCACACCGGGCCCCCAACCCGGUUGCUGCGACCCGUGAGGCUGCGGCGUCGAGAUUUUUGGCUUUCUUCAAUGGCCCUUGGACAGGACCGCGGCAUCUCGGGAAGGGAAGGGGCGUGCCGUUGUGGAAGAGGGCUGCUGCUUUGGUUAUUGGUUGUCGUGUGGCAGAGGGGGAUGAAAAGCGAGCCGUGGCAUCCCUUGAACGAAUCAUGGUGGCAGACUGCUAUGGGCAAGUGAGCCAUUUUAAAAUGGCUCGCGAUGCCUACAACAGAAAGCGCCCCAUGCACAUCGUCUUCUUUUGCACCAAUGGAGGUUCUCUGUGGCUUGGAGGUAUCGGGGCCUCUGGCCAGGCCAAGGUCUUGGUGAACAAUGGCGUGUCAGCUAUCUUAGCGGGCGCAGCAAAGCUACCUCCUGCUCGGGAUCCACUGAUCGCAGACCUGGGGACAUUCGAUGGGACCGGCCUCAUCAAUGGCACCGUGUCUUUGAAGGCGCUCUUGGCCAGGUUCAAAAAGAUCCUGGAACUCCUCAUGCAGGGCAAAGGCAUUUUGAUCUCGUGCCGAAACGGAGCUCACCGGAGUGAAUCGGCACAGGUCCUCUCCGAAUACCUGUGGGUAUGCCGGAACAUCGUUGACCUGCAGAGUUUUCACCCCGGUGCAGUUCGUCGUGGCGAAGUCGUAGAAUCCACCACUUUGACUCCUCUGGACUGGCUCAAGAUAGUGGAGCCCGAAGUUCUCGCUGACCGCGAGAAGUGCGAGCAUGCCUUCUUGAAGACCCUGGAACUCAACGAGGUACUGGAGCGAUCUGAGUGGGAGGAGCGUGCUCUCUCCAUGGGCUUCCAAAAGCAUGAGGACCACAUGGCGCGCCCAAAGAGCAAAGCCAUGCCUGGGCCACGUGGGCGCCAGGAGAAGAAGUCGGACUCACCGCCCUCAGACCGCAAGCGCUCUCGCAGCGUGCCUCCCAGCGCUGAUGAGCACAGCAGCUCUUCAGCUCAGAAGGCCAACAGCUGGGUCCACAUCCACACCUCCGAUGCAGAGCACAGCUUGGCCACGGUUGAGUCAAAGGAGCUGUCUUCAGCGGUCAGCACACCGCGUGGUGCAGGUGCAGCUGGUGCUGGUUCCAAGGCAGGCUCCAAGGCCACUUCGCCAUCGUCUUCUAUGAUUGCAGAGGUCUUCGCGGUUGAUAGUGAGGAAAAGCGGGCAGAGCAUUUCCAGAAACUACAGGAAAUUAUCGUUUCGCUGUCUGAGCUGAACAAGAAGUUCCUGGACAGGGAUGAACCAAUGCAGCAGGAGGGCGCUAGCGGAAGCUCUCCGAGCGGGCCUGGCCAAAAUGACCAAGAGGAAACUCCCGACUAUGAUCCUGAUGAUGAACUUGCUCCACUUGUGGAAGCGGAGGGCCAGUUGGAGCAGUUCUCCAAACAAUCCAGUGCUGCAGAGAUGGCUCGCCUUGUGGAGUUGCUGUCUGAUCAGCGGGCCUUCCUGGAGAAAAUGCAGCGCGAGUCCGAGGCUCGCGAAGCCGCAGAAGUGGAUAUGAAGCUCUUGGAAGAUAUUCAUCAGGGGCGGACCGACAUGGCCAUUGUGAAGAUCGAGAACAUGCUACCGGAGCAACUUCUGUCAUUGGGGGACGUGGCUGGCAUGAGCGCACUUCACCACGCAGUCCGUGCCAGCAAUCUUCGGGUCGUGUGGGCGCUCUUGGAGCGGGCUCCGGCACUCGCGAAGAGUGUCACGAACCUAAACCGCACUCCGCCAGGAUGGAGUGCUUUGAUGAUCCUACGCGGAGAAAGCCAGCAGUUUCUGAAGGCUAUCCCGUCAAUUGCAGAGGAACAUGGGUUCCGACAAAAAAUGACGAAGACAAGCCAGAGGUUUGCUUCUGAGAGCGUCAAGCUGUCUCAGCAGGCCCAGGAAUUACGCCGUGUUUGUGCUAUUCUUAAGCCAAAGCCCAGUGAGGCGGACAAGGGCCUGAUCCCGCAAUGGGAGGAGGAAGCGCAGUUGGCAGAAGGUGUUUCGCAGGUGUGCACCUCCUUGGUGACGUUGUUUGCAGGUGUGACCCUGCUACGAUCCCCCAUGGCUGGGACCAAAGCAGACGAAGGAAAAAAGACGUGCAAGUCCAUCGAUGGGUUGUUGAAGAGGGCGCUGCAGGAAGAUUUGCCGAAGACCCCUGUCACGAUCAUUUUGCCAGAUGAUGCGACCAAGCAGCUCCUGGUGGAUAUGGCUGCAGCUGUAACGCUUAGCUUGGGAAAGUGCUGUUUGGACGUGGAGAAGCAGUGGUCGAUAGUUCAGGAAAAAAGGCCUUCGAGUCUGGUUGAAAAAGACAGCAGUGGCCCACACGAGCCGGAAGAAGUUACCACUGACAAAGGUGGAACGUCAAACCAAGCGGAUGACAAAGACAAGGAGAUGCUAUUUGGACACGAUGCUCGGCAAGAGGGUCUGAAAACAAAGCCUUGCCAAGAAAAUGCAGUGGCCAAAGUUGAGCCAGCUUUGUCGGAUCCAGUGGUUUCCAAACCGGGCACGCUUGGCAGUGAGCAUCCGAAGUUGGACUCGAAGGCUGAGACCGAACCUUCAGGUGAGAGCAACCCCCCUGUCACAUCGGCAGGUGCGAGCCACGGUGACAAGAAAAAAGAGAAGAAGGAGAAGAAGGAUAAGAAAAAAGAGGACCAGAUGAGCAAAGAGAAAAGAAAACAUUUGUUUGAGAAGCUUCAGCGUAUGCUUGGCAAGGUCACAAAGAAGAAGGGCGAGAAGGAAAAAAGGAAAACUGCGAAAGAGAAGAAAGAAAGGAAAUCGGACAAGAAGGCGAAGAAAGAGAAGGACAAGAAAGACAAAGAGAAGAAAGAGAAGAAGGACGACAAGAAGACAGAAGCCCAGAAAGAAAAAAAACGCAAAGAUAUGGAGAAGACCGAGAAGCCCAAGAAGCAGAGCCGCAAGGAGGAAGAUCAGGCUGAACCAGGGGCGAAAGGAAAGCGUCCGGCAAAAGACCUCGCGGGCGAAGCCCCCAAGAGACAUAAAGUUAGCUGCACAGACGGGCCAGAAGCAGCAGACCAGGCCUUGCUGGAAGGCAAAGCUCAAGCCACGCCGCAGGCAAAGACCAAGGCAGCACAGGCAAAGGCAGCAGCUAAGGCUGAGGCCAAGGCCCAGACCAAGGCAGCAGGAAAGGCUAAGGCGAAAGCUAAGCUGUCUGCGAAGGAACCUUUGACCAUGGCUGAGGUCAUGCAAGGUAAAGAGUUGCUCGCCAACCAGGAUGCGAGCGGGUUGGCCCGCAUGUUCAAGGAGAAGAAUGCUGCGGCGAAGGUCCAGAAAAAGUCUAGCACGGCCAAACAGUAG